CGACAUGCGAGUUUUGACACGCGCACUUCGUCCUGGAGCAAGGUAUUAUGGGUAAACAUGUCUGCCCCCAUGAGAAAGUUUUUGGUGCAGACUAUAGGUCACACUUCGUCUACAUAUAAAGGCUCAGUAAUAUUUUUCCACGGAUCAGGUGAUACUGGUAAUGGAAUCAGAGAAUGGUUGAAACUUGUAUUACGGGAAGAGUUCUCUUUUCCUCAUUUGGAUGUUAUAAUACCAACAGCACCAGAAAGACCUUAUAGUUUAUAUGGUGGUGAACUAAGUAAUGUCUGGUUUGAUAGAGUUGAUAUAGCCCAAGACGUACCAGAGACAGAAUCUGUGUCAACGAUGUGUCAACAAUUAGAGCCUAUUGUCAAUGAUUUAGUUGAAAAGGGGACACCCAAAAAUAAAAUAAUUAUAGGAGGUUUCUCUAUGGGUGGAUGUUUAGCUAUGCAUAUGGCCUAUAGAUUUCACCCACAAGUAGCUGGUUGUUUUGUUCUGUCUGGAUUCCUUAAUACAGGUUCAGCUGUUUAUGAUAGUGUAAAGAAAUCAACAAAUGAAAUGCCUCCAUUAUUUUAUUGUCAUGGCCAAGCAGAUCCUUUGGUGAAAUAUGAAUGGGGAGAAAAAACAUGUAACCAGUUAAAAUCGCUGGGUGUUACGACAAACUUUAAUUCAUUUCCUAAACUAUCACAUGAGCUGGAUAAAAAAGAAUUACACAUGCUGCGGGACUGGAUAACAAAAAUAAUACCCAAUAGCUGAUAUAUUUUUGUACGCAUGGACUACUUUGCUGUUGGAAAUCGUCUAUAUAAAAUAUCCCAUCAAGUCCAUAUUAAAUUUGAAUGUUAGUGGCAAUGGCAACAAAAACUGUAUAGGAGUUUAGAAAUAAUUAAAAAUAUGGUCAUGGUUGAUCAGUUCUGAUAGUUUGUUCAUUGACAUUGUUUUACUGACUGGGAAAUUCUUUAUCAUGCCUAAAACAAAAUGUUUCAGUAACUGUAAAAAAGUUAUUAGAAUAGAAUUGACAGGUUAGUUUUUAUAUUUGUCACCUGAAGGAAAAUGUAAUAAAAUGGGCUAAUUAUGGGUCACUUGAAGGUUAACAGGCUAAGUUUUUGCACCUCCCGAUAGGAAAUAAUCAUGCGGUUGCAGUGAGGUUUCCAAUUCUAUUGGCAGAUUCAGAUAUGACACAAACUGAUCAUAACCAUUCCACCUGAGCCGAGCCUCCUGAGGUAAUGAUAAAAAUUUUGGGUUUUGAUGCCCCCACAUGAUCUUGUUUGUCAUGUAUGGUUAGUGGUCUUCACACCACUGUCCCUAAUACAAAAUAAUCAAAUUAAAAACUUUGUUUAUUCUUUAUUUUUAUGAUUCUUUGGAACGGUUGUAAAUAUUUUGUUUUGUUUUUUUAAAUCUAACUAUUGGACUUCUAUACAUAAUUUACAGCUUUGAUGUUAAAAUUCAAGGUUUGUCAUAUAUUGUUGAAAAUGUUGAGAUUUGUAAUAAAAUAAAUAAACUGUAACUGACCAUUA